UGGGUGUGUGCCACGGCCACUAAGGACAACAACAACAACAACAACCUGUCUGACUGCAACUUCUGGCAUAGGGACUUCACAAAUGAGUUUUUCAAGUUAUUUCCCGCCUCAGUACUGCUUCCUUAAGGAUGUCGUUGAGCUCGUUUUCGGGCGAACAUUAGCGUCACGCUGCGAACUCUAACAGAAGAAUUGUCAGGCAGGAACAAGGAAUCUCCCGAGGGAAAUGCUGCGGAGCAUGACUGCGCUGAUGCCGACCAUCCAGAGGCCGCUAAAAGUGCAGAUGUGGAAGAGCCCGAGAAGUUGCCGUCAAGUAUCUUCUGGUACAUUGCCAUGCCACUCGCCUUCAUGCUCACUGUGCCCAACGUGGUCAUUUGCAGCGUCUCCUUCGUGGUUACGCACUGUGCCACUAUAUCUCUAGCCUUGGAGUCUGGUUUCCUCAGUUUCUUAUGGGAAUCGUGGACGGCCUACGGACUGGGACCCCGAGACUGUUGGCAGUUCCUGAUGGUGUUCGCGCUGCACAGUUCGCUGUCCAUCGAAGCGCUACGGGGAAAGAAGUACUGGGGCCCGCCUACGUCUUCGGGACACAAACCCGUUUACUGGAACAAUGGUUUCACCUACUACGCGCUGACAAUGGCAAUAGCCGUUUUUUUCCUCCUGAAAGAGGACCUUCCUUGCUACACGCUUUACCAAGCGCUGCCCGGUUUCACCGUUGCUCUGGUGAUGGGAGGAACAUUCGUGUCGGCACUGCUCUUCUUAAUGGGCACGAUGGACCCUUCGCCCGGAGAGUUCGGCACCACGGGAAACAUCGUGUUCGACUUCUAUUGGGGCAUCGAGCUCUAUCCUCGAAUAGGCGACCGGUUCGACAUGAAGAUGUGGACCAACAGUCGGUUCGGCAUGAUGCUCUGGCAGCUCCUCGUUCUCGCCUGCUGGAAGGCGCAGGUGGACACGAGCGGCUGGAACUGGGCCGUGGCAGUGUCGGCCCUGCUGCAGACUGCGUACAUCUCCAAGUUCUUUUGGUGGGAAGACCUCUACAUGCAGACCAUGGACAUAACCGUGGACAGAGGAGGUUUUUACAUGUGUUGGAGCCACAUCACUUUUGUGCCUUCAAUGUACUCACUGGCCAGCAUCUACAUGGUGGAGAAUCCACCGGACAUGAGUCCAGUUGCGGCGGGAUUGAUUCUGGUCACUGGGAUCAUCAUGACCUUGUCGACUUGCUGGUGUCAACGCCAAAAGCAGUUGGUCAAGGAAAAGGAGGGCGAUUGCAACAUAUGGGGCUCGCCAGCAAAAGUGAUCAAGGCAGCGUACAAAGACGCUUCUGGUAACGACGACACAAAGUACCUUGUGGCGUCCGGGUUCUGGUCUGUAUGUCGCCACCCGAACUACGUCUUCGAAAUUCUCACGGCCCUGUGCUGGGUUCUUCCAUCGGGGAACAAAAGCGUGGUGCCGUACUUUUACGUGAUCUUCCUCGUGGGCUGGUUCGUUUACCGAACGCACCGCUUCGAGAGGCUGUGCGCAAAGAAGUACGGAAAGUACUGGACAGAGUACUGCUCAUUAGUCAAGUAUAGAAUUAUACCUCGCGUAUUCUAAGCCGCAGAGAUUCACGCAGAAGAGGACGUUACAGUGAAUAUGUCAAGCUCGGAAAGCGACAUGCGAAUAGUGCAGUUGAAUUCUUCACACCUCAGUGACUAAGUGUGGUGUUGAUGCGCGCCUCCUGAUGAAGCGAGACCCUCGGUGUUACCUUUUCUUCCUUUUUUCUCUGUUCCUUUUUCUAUCCUUGCUUCCUUCUUUCUUUCUUUAAUUAUUUUUUCUUUCCCUCUUUUCACCCAUAAAUCCCAGUUUCCGUUUGCAGGAUAACAAGAUGGACGCGAGACUGAUUGACCUCCCUGCCUUUCUACUCUCUUCUAUCGCACUCUCUCUCGCUCUAUAACAGGCGCAAUGUUGUUAUCGUACUAAAACUCUUAGAAAGGAGCCAAACAUUGUAACGUUAACAGGACAUCUAUGCUGUGUAAGCAAACUAGGCUCACAAUAAGUGCCUGUCGAUUGUAGUUUCCAGCGCAGAACCGCACAGGAACGAAGAAAAAACAAAUAGCACGUACACAGGUAACGCGUUUCUUUUUUAUUCCCGUAUAAUUCUGCACUGACAGCUACCAUAUAUUCGCAAAUUCCAACUUGCCCACAUCGCUAGAUUACUGUGCCUUGUAAAAAGAAUCAAUUAGCAUUAAAGCUGAAACGAAAUAAUUAACGAAUGCCUGGUUUGUGUUGUCACGACACACGGUGUGUUUGUGGUGCUGUGCUGCCGCAUACAACAUUGCGGGUGAUUCGAAACGGCCGCUCUGCUGUGGGGGCGCUGAUAAAAAAUUAUGGGCUUUAUUAAAUAUGCCUGAGUGUUGCCUAUGCCACUAGUUCUUGCAGGCACUGCAAUGACAUCGCUAUCCUAGACCAUAUGCUCUGGCAUUGCCCCUCGUUACGAGGCACAGAACAAAUCAAUGAGGACAAGUGGCUCUCCGCUAUCAAGAGCCCCGAUGCCGAGGCGCAACUACGGGCUGUCCAGAGGGCCCACGAUGCGGCGGUCGGGCAUGGCCUGACUGUCCCAACGUGGGAGCGGCCCGCAGCACGCUGAGUCGCGUACCUCAGGACAAUCAUUAAAGUUUUGUGUCCAUCCAUCCAUCCAUGAGUGUUGCCGCGCAACGGGAGUCCUGCACCACGGCGUACCACAUAGCAACGAUGACUGUUUCGGACUUAGAACUCGGACUAUAAUUUAUUACCCUUAUGUGUUCCAGUUACCUGUCCCUCACUGCAGUUUUUCUUCCAAUAAAAUAUUACUUGUUGCGCUA